UCCAUUUCCUCCCAUCCGAAGCUAGCUAGCUAGGCAGGAGUUGGCGAGUUGCUCGAGGAAGAAAGAAGCUGGGAAAGAAGAGGCAGAAAAUGGGUCGAGCUCCGUGCUGUGACAAGGGCAGCGUGAAGAAGGGGCCAUGGUCGCCCGAGGAGGACAGGAAGCUCAAGGACUACAUUCACACCCAUGGCACCGGCGGCAACUGGAUCGCGCUCCCCACCAAAGCCGGUCUGAAGAGGUGCGGGAAGAGCUGCCGCCUGCGUUGGCUCAACUACCUGCGGCCGAACAUCAAGCAUGGCGACUUCUCCGACGAGGAGGACAGGGUUAUCUGCGCCCUCUUCGCCGCCAUCGGCAGCAGGUGGUCCAUCAUCGCCGCGCAGCUCCCCGGCAGGACCGACAACGACGUCAAGAACUACUGGAACACCAAGCUCAAGAAGAAGCAGCUGCACCUGCUCAUCGCCGCCUCCGCCCAUGGCCAGCAGUACGGCUCCAGGCCACCGGCACCACCAUUCACCCUUGAGCACCACCACACUAGCUCUACUUCUGCUGCAUCUCUGGGCCAGCUCCUCAUGUUUGGUGUCGGAGGAGGCGACCACCACCACCAGCAGCAGCAGCAGCAGUACAUGUCGUCAUGCUCCUCGGUCGACAUCUCCAACAACGCCAGCGCUGCUGCUGCUCUUGGCCUGCAGGAGAGCUUCAUGUUUGGUGGCUUGGAGUUUCAGCAGCAGGAGGAGGACGCCAACAACCUGCUGUCACCAGCAGCAGCAGCAUCUGGGAGUGACACCAUGACCUAUGAGCAUCAUGCGAUGAUUUCGCCGAGCGGCUUCUUCUUCUACGGCGACGGUGCCGGUGCUGCAGCGACCCAGGAAGGGACUAGGUUCCUUUAUUAGUAAUCGCAUCAGCCACGCAUGCAUGCAAGACACAUGUAGACAUUGAUGUUAAUUUCUUCGCAUGCAUUUUCCCCCGACCGCCCCAUAUAUAUGAAUUAAAGCCAUGGCAGAUGCAGGUUGGCUAGUUUUUUUUUUUUUGGGUUUUUGUUUCAUAAGAUGAGAUGACCUCUCCCUAGCUAGCUAGUUUAUGUGGUGGUGUUGCUGCUGUGCUGUAAUAAGCUAAUGUAGGUUGUCAACUUGUAGUUCUAAAUAUUCUUGUUUAUUUAA